AUGGCACUAGCGAGCAUCGCUGCUGAGCGACUUGCUCGUCAAAAACAUCAAAAGUACUUUGAACGCCAUUUGCUGAUCUUACCGUCCAAAUAUCAAGAUAAUGAGCCCAAUAAGCUUGCCAUAGUAACAUAUGCCCUUAUAGGACUAAGCAUUCUAGGUGUCGAUACGUCAAAGAAAUACCAAGGUAGCAUAGCAUGGCUACUUGAACACCAACGGCAUGUAUCAUACGAAGAAUGCUCGAUUGCUGGCUUCAUUCCAAGCUUAUCCACCAACAUUGAGGAAGCUCCAUCACUUAGCUUGAUGAGCACACUUUUUGGACUUUGGGGUCUUAUUUGCUUAGGAGCACGCGACUCAAGUGUGUUCAAAGAUAUAGAUCUUCAGGGAAUCGGUCAAUUUGUGUCUAAGUGCCAGUGCGACAACGGGUCAUUUGUGUCUAAUUUCGAUGUUCUUCCGUCAAGCGAAAUUCAUCGUUCUUGUAUCGAUCCAACGGAUCUUCGAUACUCUUAUGCCGCCGUCACUAUUCUACAUUUGAUAGGGUGUCGCAAAUCAGAGGACUUCAGCCGCUACAUCUCUAUCGAGAACCUUAUUGAAUUCAUCAAAACUCAAACGGGCGUUAAUGGCGGCUUCGGCCAGUAUAACGAAGCCCACGCAGGCUUGACUUCUUGCGCACUUUCCAUUCUAGAUAUGUUAAAUGACCAAUGGGACUGUCUGUCGGCUCGGUUUUUCGAGCAGACCGCAGAAUGGCUUCUACAGCGACAAGUGUCAAACCAGGGCGCUAUGACACUAAUGAUAGAUAAAAACGAGUGCUACGAUCCCGAGGACCAGGGUGGCUUUCAAGGAAGGGAAAACAAAUUUGCAGAUACAUGCUAUGGCUUUUGGUGUUUGAAUUCUUUGAGCAUACUGCAGGCCCAUACCGACGUAAAGUUUGACUGUGGUAAUGCUUUAUCAGACUAUUUACUAGACUCAACACAAAAUAAGUUACUGGGAGGGUUUGCAAAGAACAAUGAGGAUGAUCCAGAUUUGUACCAUAGCUGCCUUGGGUUGGCUGCUCUCUCUUUGAACGCGGACGAGUUCAAUGGUACUCUUUUUUUGCCGAGACAAUUAUCCGAAAACUUUCUGGUGCCCAGUUGA